CUUCUCUAGCAGAGUGAACAUUUAACAGAGCUUCAGAGAAGUUUCUAAAAUCGACGAUUUUUGCGAAAAAAUAUUUUUAAAUCGAACAAAAUUUGUUUGUGACCGUUUUUCUUUUGAUAGAAAAUAAAACAGUAAAAUAAACAUAUAAAAAAAUGAAGGUGUUCAUUGUUGCUUGUGCUUUAUUGAGUGUUGCCGUUGCACAUUUAGUGCCAGCCGGACAAUCACAAUCCAUCUUGCAAGAUUGUUUCGACAAAGAUUCAAUUGCUUGUGUUCAACAAACGGUAUAUCGUCGUGCUCGUGAAUUCUUUGAUCGUCCGUCCAUUGAAUUGUUCAGUGGUAUUGAAUUUGCCAAGACAAAUGAACGUGCUGCCAAAAGCCUUGAACCACCAGUCGAACAAGCCGCCACCGUUCAAGAACGUGAAACCGCUUUGGAAGAUUACUUGGUGAACAGUGCUAAAAACUUCUUCUCAGAACGUAAAUUCACAUGGGAUGUUGCCACCACUAGUCGUGCCAUCUCAGACGCUAUUCCAGUUGAAGUCAAGGAAUCAGUUCGUGAAUUUGUUGAAGAACGUCGUCUUGGAAAGAAACUCAAGCUCAUCAAGAAAUUGCUUCCAUUCAUUGGCUUGUUGAAAUUGAAAUUGGUUGGUUUUGCCAUCUUCGCCGUUGCUGCCAUUGGUGCCAUGGCUAAGACUGCUUUGGUCACAUCAUUCCUUGCCAUCGCUCUAGCUGGUGCAAGUUUCUUGUCAAGCUUAGUCGCUAAAUUGUUCGGUCUUGGUGGUAUUGCUAAAGGUACCGUUGGCAAACUUGGCGGUUUGGCCGGUCUUAAAGGUCUUGGCGGUUUGGCUGGUCUUAGUGGCGCUGCCGGACUUGGCGGUGCUGCUGGACUUGGUGGUGCUGGUGGCUUGGGCGGUUUGGGAGGUUUGGGCGGCGGAUUGGGCGGCGGAUUGGGCGGCGGUUCCGGUGGAUACAGCAAUGGAAAUACCAACGUUGAAGAAAUCAUCGCAUACACCACUCAUGGUGGAUCAAGCGGAUCAGGUGGUGAUGGAUGGAACAACAACGGAUGGUCCAACUCAAAUGGAUGGGAAGAAAGCCGCAGCGCAAAAGACGCUCAAGUUCUUGCUUAUGCCGGACAAGUUCCAUCCACCCGUCGUUAAAUCGAUUACAUUUAAAUUAAGUGGCUGUUAGAAAAUCAUUUGUAGCAACUACAAACCAUAACGAAAUUAUUUCAUAUUCGUUUAUAAGAGAAUAUCUAAACAUUUUAUUUAAUUUAUUCAAUAUUUAUUUAAAUUAAACGUCGACGAAAGUCAAUUCAAGAUUGUAAAAACAAAAACAAAAUGAAGAAAUAAAAAAGAAUUAGCUAAUUUCCAAAAUA